AGGCCGCCCGCGAGCGCCCCUGGCGGCGGGGACCAGGACACACGCCCGCCUGGCCGACCGCCCGCGCCCGCGGCUCGCGCUUGCGCCGCCCGGUGUCUCGGGAGCGAGCUCUGUCCCCGCGCGUCCCCGGCCCGCCCCGCCACCCGCCGGCUCCCGCACGGACUGCAGCGCCGCCGCCCACCGCCGCCUCGGCGCCCUGCUCCCUCCGCUGCCGCGCAGUCAACCACCAGGUGGGCCUUGCACCAGGAUGGCUGAGCCCCGCCAGGAGUUCAACGUGAUGGAAGAUGCUGCUGGUAUGUACAGCAUGGGGGAGAGGAGAGACCUCCCGUCUCAGGGGGGCUGCACCCUGCCGCGGGGAGACAAGAACCACGGCCUGAAAGAAUCUCCCCUGCAGACCCCUGCCGAUGAUGGAGAGGAGCCCGGCUCUGAAACGUCUGAUGCUAAGAGCACACCAACGGCCGAAGAUGUGACAGCACCCUUAGUGGAUGAGGGAGUCCCUGGUGAGCAGGCGGCGGCUCAGCCCCACACGGAGAUCCCAGAAGGAACCACAGCUGAGGAAGCAGGCAUUGGAGACACCCCCAACCUGGAAGACCAAGCAGCUGGACACGUGACCCAAGAGCCUGGGAGUGUCAAGACUGUCCAGGAAGGCUGCCCCUGGGGUCCAGGACUCCACGGCGGUGAAGCCACUGAUCUGAGGACCCCCAAUCUAACCCACCAGCCCGUGUCUGACCUACCUGGGGCUCCCGUCUUGCCUGAAGGCCCCAGAGAGGCCUCACACCAGCUUUGGGGGACAGAGCCCAAAGACACAGUGGGAAGCCGCCUCCACCCUGAACCGCUAGUGAGCCCUCCUUGGGGAGACCCGUGUCCGGAGGGGCCCCCUCUGCAAGGGGACCAGGACAGAGAGAAGCUGAGGGGUGAGGAGGUCGACAAAGACCAAGACUUGGAUGAGUCCUCACCCCAAGACUCGCCUCCCUCCCAGGUCUCCCCAAGUCUGCAGAGCUCCCCCACCCAUGGUGGCUCACCCCCCAAGCCAGAUUCCCGAGAAACCACUGGUGUCCCCACCUCCCCACCUGAGGGUGCUAUCCCUCUGCCUGUGGACUUCCUCACCGAGAUCUCCAUGGAGACCCAGAUCUUAGAGCUUGACAGCCCCCACAUGGAGCCCGGGGCUGAGGGGCAGGGCACCCCCCCCAAGUUCACUUUCCACGUGGAGAUCAAAGCCGGCGCACACAAGGAGCCAGGAGGUUCUGAGGUGGAUUCAGACGGGGCUGCAUGUCCGAGGGUCCCCAGAGAGGAGCAAGAGCUCCAGAGCCCCUCAGAGAGAAAGGACACAAGUAAGACUGUCCUUCCGGAAACUUCUACAAAGCAGCCUGCAGCUGGUCUGCAGGGGAAGCCCGCCAGCCGAGUCCCUCAACUCAAAGCUCGCAUGGUCAGUAAAGGCAAAGAGGGGUCCGGAUACGAUGACAGAAGAGCCAAGGUAAGCUGAAGAAAGCAGCAAGCUGCCGCCCGGUAGAGCCAGAAGCCGCACUUCAAAUCUGAAGGGAUUUCCAUGUGUGAUGUGAGAGUGUUUGUCACUGAAGCGGAACUGCCAUUUAAAGUGCUUUGUGUUUUUAUGCUAAAAAGGGGGGGGAUCUAGGUUUUACCUAUGUUGACACUUACGUCGGGGAGAGCAGUGAGCAGAAUUCAUUCUUCCAGACAGCAGUGCUGCUAUUAGCAUGGUUUACACGAGCCCUUCAUGAAGACACAUCUGUAUUUUCUGUGAUCACCUUGGCAUUUGGCACAUCUCAAACUUUCCACUGCAGACCAGCAAAUACAUGCUUAAGGUCAACCGUUCACUUAGUCAGCAGAGGUGCUGACCACUGAAGUGAUCUCCAACCUAUUUCUGGAAAAGUCCUCGCUUGAAGAAAGCACCUAGGCAAUGAGCUGUGAAGGGCCAGGUGGCGGCCCAUGCGGCUAAGGGCUCACAUCACAGGGCACAAGGACCCAGGUUCAAGCCCCUGAUCCCCACCUGCAGGGGGAAAGCUUCA